GCAGCUGCUGUUCAACGCUUUAUACCGCUGCAGACAUCUAUUCUCAGGUGUUUGAUUUUGUGAUUAAAAGUUGAGUGAGGAGCUCCACAGACACAGAGCCAUGAAUCCUAAGGGGGAUAAGCCGAAGUCAAAGAUUUCGGCUUCCCGCAAGCUCUCGCUCAAAAUGUUGCUCCUCCAAAGAGCUUGUGAUGAUCUGGAGAAGGAGAGGCAGGAGCGGGAGGAGGAUAAAAUGCGUUAUCUGGGGGAGAAGCUCCCACCACUGCAGCUCUCUGGUUUGUCAUUGGAUGAGCUACAAAAACUUUGCAAACAGCUACAUGAGAAAAUUGACAUAGUGGAUGAGGAGAGGUACGACUGUGAGCAUAAGGUGAUCAAGCAUAACAAAGAUAUUCACGAGCUGAAGCUGAAAGUACAGGACCUUGGAGGCAAGUUCAAAAAACCUGCAUUGAGGAAGGUGAGGGUAUCUGCAGAUGAGAUGAUGAGAGCCCUGCUGGGCUCCAAACACAAAGGCUCCAUGGACCUGAGGGCCAAUCUUAAAUCUGUGAAGAAGGAGGACGUCAAACAGGACAAGGUGCUCACCUCUGAAGUGGGCGACUGGCGUAAGAACGUGGAGGCCAUGUCGGGCAUGGAGGGCCGCAAGAAGAUGUUCGAUACAGGCGGUGGAGCUCAGUGAGACGCUGCCGUCACAGAAGACGAUCGUCUAAAAGCUGGAAGAAAGAAAAAACAAAAAUCUAACAAAUCAGAAAUAUGGAACAUUCAUGUGGAAGAGAACUGAUAUUAAGUUAGUUAUUUUCAGUGCAAUGACUCAAAGCACUUAAAGGUUUGGAUUAGUGGAGAGCCCUGUUUAUUUUUUUAAUUUUUGGUUUUGUUAUGAGACCUUCAGACAC